AGGAGGAGGUCACCGCCAAGUCCACGGAGCUGACGGCUACCGCCAAGCGUUGGACCGACGAUUUCAGCGCGCUUGAUCGCGGCUUGGCGGCGGCCUUCCCGGAGACGCAGGAGGCGGCUUUGGCAGCCGUUGGCGUCGCGCGCGAUUCCAGGAGGCGGGAAACCGGCGAGGGCAGCUCGGAGUACUUCUCCAUGGAGGACCAUCUGGCGUCCAUGGCUGCCCGCAUCGAGCCCGUCACCAAGCUCGGCUGGGAGCUGCGGAAGGCGGCCGAAGAGCUGGUGCCCAUGCUGUGGCCUGGGGAGGCGGCGCCGCAGGACAUCUCCGGCCUCAUCUCUUCGAUGGAGCGGGCGCCGGACCGCUUCCUCGACUGGAAGGAGUCGGCCACGCGCGCCGGCGCCGACAUGGCGCUGUCCUUCGUCCUCUCCUGGUACAACGAGGUGGACCUGGGGCAGCUUGAGUUCCGGCGAGCCGGCGUGGAGGACAAGCUCCCGGCUGAGCUCAAGGCCGCCCGCCUUGCUCGAGCCAGCACCAUCGCCGGCUUCGUCGACAAGGCCCUCUUCGUCGCGGACCCGAACCCUCCUCCAUCCGAUGAAGAAUACAUGGAUGAUGAGGAGGCGGAAGACGUGCCUGAGGACGACCCGGCCGCCGGCUCCACUGAUGCCCCUCCGGCUUAGAUUUCCUGCUUUUCAGUUGUUCUUUUGCAAGACAGUUUAUUAAAUCCCCGGGAUGCCGGGUGCAGAUGUAAGACAAUAUUAUCGCCUUUUAAUUAUGCCACACUUUAAUGUGUUUGUUAACCAAUUAUGUGCCGAGUUGCUUUCUUUC